AUGGAUGUGUCGGUUUGUGGUCACCACGCGUUUCGUUUGGUACUCUUCUUGAGCCGUUCUCCCUUCAACCCAAAACAUUCGGGCUUGACUCCAGAUAUUGCAUUGGCCAAGGCGUCUGCUGUGUCUGAGUUUCUCAAGCGCAUUUUUGCAAACUCUCACAUUGCGAAGCACCUUCUGGCUGGUCUAGUCGUCGGUCUCUACCUGACCGGACAACGGGAACAAAGUCAAGACCCUUCUGAUACCGAAGAGGAGACGCCACACCAGCGCCCUCAGUUUGCCCGCGCUGCAAGACAGCAUCAGAGGCUAGGCAUUCACAGCAUGCUUCGACAAGCUCGGUUCGUCGACGACAGCGACCGGGCUCCAGAGCUUGCCGAGACUGAGCAAGUUGGCGAUCGCCGUUUGAAGGGCCUCGCGAACGCUGGACUAUACACCCACUCCUUGGGCAGUCGCCACCCGAGCGGCGUCACGCAGCCCACGCAAACACUGCCUUGCACCGACCAGCCCGCGACUCACGUGUCGCUGGUCACAGCCGAUCUGACUCUGAAUACAGCGGGUGAUCUUGCAAGUGGACUUGACUUUGUCGUGAGAGCUUCGGUUUGGGUACACCUGGUGGAUGGCAUGACAUCUGGAGUCGUCACGAGCAGUCAACCUCGGCAGACGGAGAAUACUUUUGAGUCCUCCUACGAGAAAUGUCUAACAAAGGGGUUCAAUUGA